AUGACCACAUCAACCGGCAAGCGAUCCUUCCGUGCAUGUCUGCGGUGCCGUCGCCGCAAGACAAAGUGCGACCUUGACGGCUCAGGUGACCGAAAGCAACCACCCUGCAGAUCAUGUCACCUCUCUGGCAAUGAUUGUGUCCUCGUGCAGUCGAGACGAGGCCAAAGACGGAAUAAAGCUACGCCGAAUGUUCGGGACAACGCACCAGACAUCUCAGAACUGCUCGUGCACGAGAAUGAGAGCGCUGCCACGAGUGUCGGACCAUAUUCGACACUUCUGAACGCUGACCUAUCUACAAUGUGUGCACAAAGCUUGCCAGGACCCUUUGGGUCAGGCAGAGAGACAGAAGUUGAAUUGAGGAACCCAUCUGACGCGCUCGAGAUACUGGCACGUUCAGACGAGCGUUCACUGUUGGCUUCGACCCGUUCCUUAGCCGAUGAUACCGCUUCAUUGGCGCCCAGCAUCCAAGCGACUGGAAACAGAUCGACUACGCUCGAUGAGUUCGAAUUGCUAACAAUGGGGGCACUGCAAAUGAGUGUAAUCCUUGAGCUAUUGCAGACAUAUACGAAGAUUUAUCAUCCUCACUGUCCCAUAGUCCCAUCAUGGUUCCUCUCACCAACUGCUAUAGAAAGGAUUGGGAGGUCCGAGCACUUUCUCCUCACAGUGCUGCUGACUGUCGCGUCGCGAGAUUCGACGCAGCAUGUGCUCGUGCACCGAUACUGUUGGGACCAUGCUCAAAGACUGCUACUAGAUGUAAUUUUAGCCCGUUCCUCAACUCAAACACCCCGCACAGUCGAGGGCCUCUUACUCCUAGCGGAGUGGCUACCUCACACUGAAUCCAAGCACAAGACUGAAGAAGCACUCGGAAGUCUUUUUACCGAAGACAGGCGUGCGUGGUCACUGGUAGGCCUUGCCAUACGGCAGGGUUAUAUGCUUCGCUUAGACCGAGGAGCUUUCCGGAGAUCUAGUAAUAGUGCUACACAAGAGCAGAGCGAGCAGGAGCGGCUGGUUUGGCAUUUUGUGUGUCUCGCUGACCGUCAUAUAUCAGUCCGUGUGGGGCAGUCUUUCUGGUCUCGUGGGCCAUCUCUAUCUUCUCAUUUUACUGCGGAUGAUUUUCCCAGUCUGAAGCCUAGAUCUGGAAAUCUACAAGAUCACUCCACGAUUCUGCAAGCCAACCUAGAGCUUGUACAGAUUUUGUAUAAUGCUCAUCUAAUUUUGUACGGUUCCGCAGAACGGACUCAGGCUCUUAUCAAGGACGGCGACUACGCUCGAUAUCUAGAUGACUUUCUGAGCGCUGCAACGAUGUGGCAAACUACAUGGCGGCGACUGGACAAUCCUUCAGUGGUACCGAACUCAGUCUUUAUGACUUACGAGUACGUCUGUCUAUAUGUGAACGCAUUUUCUUUCCAGGCAAUUGUCGCGCGCUCAGUCAAGAAUCCAAAGCCGCAACCCACGACACAGGGUAUCGAUGGAGCACCCUUGGAAGAACUUUUCCGUAGAAGCACCAUUUCCUUACCUGAUGGGCUUUACAUCAACGGCGCGAUCCGCGCAGCAACGAAGUUGCUCGAAAGGUUGACAAGUUUGGACCCGCACGGCGAAUUCCGAUACCUUCCAUCGCGCUUCUUCCUGUAA